AUGCAGUCCUUUGGGCUCAAACUUCACACUGUUCUCUUGCUGUCCCUUAGGCUCAUGUCCGGCCUUCCUCAUGAUGGAGCCGGCUAUGAUGUGCAGCCACUGGAAAAUGGCACCGGCGGGUGGCUUGCUCAUCGAGGUCAAAAGGAGCUACCAGGAAGCGGACCUGGGCAUGACUGGGUCUCGGAGGUUUUCGCAGAUGCCGAGGACAAGCAUGGCACCAACUUGCAGGAGGCUGCCAACUUCGAAGCUCCAAGUGCUCAGAUGAAACAUCCUCCACGCAUUUUGGUUCUCUACGGCUCCUUGAGGCCAAGCAGCUUUUCCCGCAAGUUGGCCUAUGAAUGUGCUCGCUUGCUGGAAGUCUUGGGCGCCGAUGUGCGAACCUUUUCGCCCCAUGGACUUCCGGUACGUGAUCCUGCGUUGGAAGAGCAUCCCAAGGUCCAGGAGCUUCGAGCCUUGUCCAUGUGGUCGGAAGGCCAUGUGUGGGUCAGCCCAGAGAUGCAUGGCUGUGUGACCGCAGCCUUCAAGAACCAGAUUGAUUGGCUUCCCUUGAACACUGGCUCGGUCAGGCCUACCCAGGGUCGCACCUGUGUAGUGCUUCAAGUGAACGGAGGCAGUCAAAGUUUCAAUGUGGUUAAUGAGUUGCGGCGCUUGGCGCGCUGGAUGCGCAUGCCUUGCUGCACCAACCAGUCCUCAGUACCAAAGGCCUGGCAGGAGUUUGAUGAGGAGGGAAGGAUGAAGGAGUCCGAUUUCCGAGAUCGCGUCGUGGACGUCAUGGAGGAGUACUUCAAAUUCACCCUCAUCAUGCGUGACGCCUGGGCAUUGUUCAGCCUUUUGUGGUGGAAAUCCCAUGAAAUCGCGGAAGAGAGGAGCGUGCUUCCAAGAUCACAGGCUUAUGAGAAAGACCAGCACUGUCCCGUGGGUUCUCCCACGCGUGCCUCCAAGGAACACGCAGACUUUUUGAACAGUCGCUUCUCCGAGCGGAAGGAGGUCGCCUUGAAGGGCCGCCUGCUGACCCAGGCUGAGAAGGAGGUGGACGAGGUGGACGGCGUGUGCUCGCGGAACCGCGCUGGCAUCGGGUGCCUCUCUCUUCAUCCACUUCGACCUGCAGGCCGCUGCUUCCUCCGCUCGCGCGUGGCUCGGUGCGCGGCGAGGAAGACGGCGGUGCUCAUGGACGGGGACGGCCAGGGGGUCCGCGAGUUCCGGGCAGCCUGGAAGGCCUUGGCAGAGCGUUUGGAGCUCGUGUACCUUGGGGUCUUCGCGGCUGAAGAGCGGCUGCGGCGCCCUGAUUGGCAACAGUUCUUGCGCGAGUCUGGAGCUGAGCCUGUUGCGGUGCCACCGGGUCCGCGGCGCCCCACCGGGACCCGGUCCGCGCCGUUUGGCACGGCGAUGGGCUCUGCGGCGGUGCGGUGGUCUAAGUCUACCUAUGUUGCCUUGAUGCCCUCAGAGCGUGCGGGACGACCAGAAAGCCCCCACGAUGCCAAUAUGGACGUGGAUUUUGUGGAGUUGGUCCAGUGGCUCCUCGGAACCGACGCGGAGGUCCUCGCGGUCUUGUUAGAAGGCCCUGCCUUCCGCUGUCCCGAGUCCGUGGGCCUCUCAAAGCAGUUCGCCCGCUUGGGCGCGGAGGUCUUUUGGGUUGAGGUGAAAUGGUUCGGCUUCCGCUCGCCGCUGAUGCGCGCGGUGCUGGAGCCGCCACAACCGGCGAGCGCCGGAGUCGGUGGCUUCGUGGAGUCCAUCCCUGAGGAGGAGCAGCGUGGACCGCUGCCCGACAUCACGGCCUUGGUGGCUCGGCUCCUGGAGCUGGGCUUCAUGACCACCCCCCGCGACGCCAUCGCGCCGGCCAUCGCGAGGUUCUGGUUCCAGAACCCUACACAUCCACCGUCAGCCCUGACAGUUUGGCCAGCACAAUAUCCGUUGCACCAGCUGAAGGAUCGCCUCAGAUGCGACGCGGAGACCGUCGCCGAAAGGCCGAGCCCGAGCCCGUCACGUGGGGAGAUGGCCUUUGUGAUGCCGGUGGGCAGUAAGGGGAAAGCCACUAAGGAGGUCAUUGCAAAGUAUGGCACGGCCGACUGCCGCUACAUUUCAUUGGGAGGUGGGCCAUUCCUCCUGGCGGAUUCCCCACAGUUGUGUGAGGAGAUCCUGCGCCGACUAGGCUAUUUGGACGACGAGCUGAACAGUGAGCUAGACGAAGCGGUGGCCCUUUUUUGCGAUGGCACUGCCAACAGGCGCACCUUGCAAGUGGCUGGGGAAGCGCCCUUGGAUGCAGGCGAUGAGUCGUUGAAGAGCCUUCGCCGGGCGCUUGUGUCCAAGAAGAUCUACGGUGCCUGGCGCUCGGCGCCCAGCGACUCGCUGCUGCGCAUCAACUUUGCCUCGAAGAAGCUCAUCAGUGGCCAGGAGGCUCCGAAGGAGGAGGUUUACGCAGCCAUGAAGGACUAUGCAGCCAGGCUGGAUGGCAGAGUUUGGAGGUCCUACAACGGCCUGGUCUCCUCGAUCCAGGAAGAUGUGAACCGGCGACGCCUUGGCGGGGAGGAGUUCUUCUCGGAGGUGCGCAGCAACGGCCUGCGUUGUUUCCUCCAGCAGGAGGGCGGCUUGGUUCAAGUGAAGGACUUCUUGCCCAAUAGCCUGGCAGAGGAGAUGCUCAAGACCUUGCAGGCCUUGCCUGCUGAAGAGUGGCAGCUCUCGGAGAACCAGAGUUCCGUCGAUGCGGAUCAUCGGUUUUGGAGGUACGACGGGCACGGGCUGGAUGAGAUCAAGUCGAUUGUCCAGGACUUAGAGCCGAGCUCUCAUCCACGAUUACAAGGCGCCAAAUACGAGACGGGCGGCAAGAUCACUCUUCACAACGACGCCCUGAGAUGGGUGGUGCGGCCGGAGGAGGCGAGUGAGCGGUUUCCAGAGGGCACGACCGUGUAUCGGAAGGUGGCUUUGAUCUACUACUUGACCAAGGAAGGGGCCGAACUCCAGAAAUCCGGCCCCGGCGUCGCUCCCCAGUCGGCGAUUCUUGGGGCGGACCUCCACGAAGAAUCGCGAGGAGGACGAGUCAUGUAG